GAUUCCACGCGGCGCAUGCGUACCGUGUGUUUUUUGUUGCAAACCACACUCGCACCCGCGCAUUCCCCCCUCACACACAAUCCCCACAUCAACUAGAGUGAAUCUAUCGCGACUGCGUAACACACACACACCACGAUUGCGCACGCACACGUUUAGUGACACUCUCUUUGCUACUUAAAAUAAAAAUCAUUUUUUAUAUAUUGGUCUCUGAUGCUUUUUUUGUCAUAGACGAAACAAAUCGUGAUUUUCCUAACUAUUUUCGCCUUAGAUUUGCUUUUAUUUCUUCAUUUAAUCAAUUUCGGGUAGUGCUGACGGUCACGCAACUCAUACGCACCUUUCAUCCACUGCGUAGCUCAAUCGAAAAGCGUGAACAACGUGGAAUAGUUGAACUCAGUAAAGUAAACAAGGCGAUAAGAUCAAGAUAGCAAAAGAGCUAUGCCGCAGGUUGUAGCGUGGAAGUGCUUCCAAGCGCAAACGGAGUUGGCGCAUCUCACGAACACCUUGCCUCCGUACGAUAACUAUGAGCAUCUCAUGUCUGUCAUUGAACCAAAACUGAUAGGCACGAGAAUACCGGCACCGAAUAUCAACGACUCUCUGCGUAAGCGCAGUGUUUGUCUUUCAACCGACGGCGGUUCGCCGGUGGAGCCGACUCCGAACGUGUUCAACCUCAAUGCCGGGGCACCCGUCGUCGUCUUCCUCUGCGACAUUGAAGGCACCACAACCCCACUACCGUUUGUGCGGAAUGUGAUGAUGCCGUUGGCAGAAGGGCACUACGACACCUACGCCAAGGCGCAUUUCCCGAGCGAUGUGGUCUUUGUGCAGCACGUCGAGGCAGCCGCGGUGUUUAUAUCCGCGAAGCGGGUCAACCCACCUGUCACCGACUCGGCGGACGCGCUCGCGGAGCUGACGCUGAGUGAAGCCUUUUCAAAGAGCAAAGCUGCCGGGUUUGCCGAUGAGGACGCCAACAGCGCCGUACGUGAGCUCUUCGGUCGCCACUUCAAAGAGGAGACGGAGAAGGGGAGUAAGGAAACGCACGUGAAAGCGGUGCAGGCAGCCAUUUUGGAGGAGGUGUACGCGCAAGGCGAGCACCAGACGCAGGUGUUACCGGAUGUCAAUGAAUUUUUCCGCUGCAUCGGCUGCGAAGCGCAACGCGGCGGCUCGCGGCACAUCGCCUUGUACAGCUCAGGGAGUGUCGCCGCGCAAAAACUCAUUAUGCGCCACACCCCGUACGGUGAUCUAAAUCCGUUCAUCACCGCCUACUUUGACCCCACCGACGUUGGCACCAAGCUGACACCGAAGAGUUACAUGCGUAUCCGCAACCUCUUGGCGAAGCAGCUCGACGUAGGGUCGCCGGACAACUUGCAGAUUGUGUUCGUGACGGACAGCACGAGUGAGGCCUCCGCAGCGGACACCUCAAGAGCGGUUGAUUGCUCGGUGCUCUGCCUCCGGCCUCUGAAUGAGUGGAUUUCAAUCGAAACGCUGCUCUCGGUAUCCGUUCCUUUCAUCACCUCGUUCACACAGCUCCUUCGACCGGGUGAGAAAGUCGAUUACAAUCAACUCGUGAAAGACACACUUGCAGCGUUAGAAGACAAAACUGCGUAA